AUUUUCAAAACCCGAUGGAGCCAAAAUGGAUUUUCAAAAUCCCCACUUCACAUUCUUCUUCUUCUUCUUCUUCUUCUCUCUCACACCUUCUAUUACAGGAAUUCUCCCUUACCAUGAAUCACCUCUGCCUCUAAACAACAUUCCUGCUUCUCUUUGAACUUGAGCAGGGACUGUGUAAUGGCAUGUUUUCUGGGCUGUUUCGGGUUUUCUUCGAAAAGAAAGUAUCGGAAACCGGCCAAUAAAGUUCUACCUGGAGACCAUAAACUUGUUAGCUAUGAACCUCUGGAUUCCCCUGUAUCCAGAAAUCCCAUCGACUCAAAUUCCCAACUCAGCAGUGAUAAGCCUAAGAAUCGAUCCAGCCUCAGAAUUGGGAAAAAGGUGAGUUUUAACUUGAACGUUCAGGCUUAUGAGCCAAUUCCAGCUGAAGAAACUACCACAGAUGAGUUUUUGGAGACUGGUGAGAAAGGAUUGAAGCAGGGAGAUGAAGCAGAAAAGGGAAAGGCUUCUCAUUUCUCUAGGGAGGACUCAAAUUCAGUGCAGCGAGGCUCCUAUCCUAACAAUUAUAGAUACAAAAAUUGCAUAGAGAGCUAUGAUGACGAGGAUGAGCUAGCUUAUGAGGAAAGUGACGAUGACAACGACGAUGAUGACUAUGCUGAUGAUGACUAUGCUGAUGAUGAUGAUGUUGGUGAUCAAGGAACAAAUCAAGAGGAGUUGUUAGAUCAGUUUGACUCUCUACCUGAGGAAUCUUCCAAAGAAGUAACUUUGAGAAAUUUAGAUGAGGAGAAAAUCAGAAAUACAGAGCCACCAUGUGAAUCAAGAGAUGGAGAAAAGAAGUUACUCGGGUCUGGAAAUGCUAGGAUCAGGAGCCAAUACAUCUCUUCUGUACUGAAUCCAGUAGAAAACAUUUCUCAAUGGAAAGCAGUCAAAGCAAGAGCAGCACAGUCACCUAAGUACCUGAGGAAGGAGAAUGUUGCAUUAGAUAAAGAAACGCAAAUACCCAUCAGCUCAAAGCCAAAUUCUGAUUACUCACCUUUCAACCCAGUGCCAAAUUAUUACCAGUCAAAGCCUCUACUGCAGGAUGUUGCGGUUGAUGUUAGCCUUUCAAAGUGGAUAGCUUCAUCAUAAACUAAUCGAGUCCAUAAGAUAGAUCAAAUUCAUGGAGAGGGAGAGAAGAUAAAAUAUCAACAAUCCGGAGGUUGCAGAAGGGUCAUGUGCUCUGGUUCUACACCAUCAUUUACACAGUCUCAGCCUCCUGGUCUUAAAAAAUAAAUACUCUAAAGAAGAAGUGCAGCAACUAAUACAGCUGUAAGUUAUUUCUCUAAUUUCCCCAUUUUAUGUUUGAUGGUGUGCAGAGGUUUGGAGUGUUGUCUUCUGUGUGUCUGUUUCUGAUUUCUUUCAUUCACUCUGAUUGCUUGAUAAGGGUUGAUAAUUUGAGGUGGCCUUGUACUGGAGGGCCUUUUUUGUGCUGCAAGGCCUUGGUUUAUUUUGUUUUGACAUGCUGCAUUGUUUGUUUGUAUUACAAUCAAACAUACCUUGGAGCACCUCAGUUUAAAGAACCUCAACCUAUUAUGUCAAGU